CAUGGGCACAGAAGCUUGCCAUUGCCUAAUGCAGUUUGUUUAUGAUAAAAAAAAUCCAGUAUUCUAGAAAGCGACAGGAUGUUGAAAAUGGGUUAAGAGCUGUACUAUUAUAGGUGACUUUACCUUUAACCUUAAGCAUCCUAAAAUGGUAUAAAAUGUACAGUACAAUCCCUCUAAUUUAUUAACGGUUCACAUCCGACAGAAUUUGCUCAGAACCCCUCGUAUUCUUCACUAUAAUGGCUUCUGAUUCAAAUUACCUGAUAGUCAGGCCAGAGAAAGGUGGGAUUCUGGACUUGGCCAAAUAUUUGGUGCUGGGGGACAUAAGAAUCGGUGUCAAGUUUUUGGAAAUUGAGAAUUCCACUGAUGCAGAACAACUAUUGGUUGGUGAGCAUAGAUGGGCUAUUAUUGUCUCUAUUAUUGUGCGUAAGAUUAUUGGGUUGUUUGGUAAGCCCUUGGAGUACACUGGCUAUAUUGUGGAUUUCAUUCUCAAUCUUCUUUCUCAGAAUGGGAACCUCCUUGGCUUACUCUACAACCUUCUCCAUGGCAAGGUGGUGAUUCCACAAAGAGGCACGCAGUCUUUUCUUAGUACAAUCGGGCAUUUGGAUGGGCGAAUCGACCUUUACAAGGGCCGGUACUUGGUGGAGCAAUUGACCGGUGCUUCUGAUAUGGAGGAGACUAGCAUGAAUUUGGAAUUAGGGAACCGAGCUCUCAUGGACCUCUGUGUGAUGGCAUCUAAGUUAGCAUAUGAGAAUGCUGAAGUUGUUAAAUAUGUAGUUCAUCACUGGAAGAUGCAUUUUGUAGACUUUUACAACUGCUGGAAUGAUUUCCAAAAGGAGAUGUCCACUCAAGUUUUUAUACUGUGUGACAAGCCCAAAGAUGCAAGUUUAAUAUUGAUCAGCUUUAGGGGCACAGAACCUUUUGAUGCUGAUGAUUGGAGUACUGACUUUGAUUAUUCAUGGUAUGAGAUACCAAAAGUGGGAAAAGUCCAUAUGGGAUUCUUAGAAGCGUUAGGGUUGGGCAACAGAACUAAUGCUGAAACCUUCCAAUAUCACCUUCAGUUGAAGGGAGCAAAUUUCAGCCUGUCAGAAAGUGAUGAUGUGACUGGAAACUCCUCAAAAGGUUCUGAAACAAUACCAUCAAGAACUGACUUUGGCAUAGAACACAAUGGUAGUGAUCACUCUUUUGAUUCUAAGGAGCUAGCUAGUACUGUAAUCCCACCGGAAGCACUGGAGAUGACCGCAUAUUAUGCUGUGAAAAAGAAGCUGAAGAGCUUACUCAAGGAUCACAAGAAUGCAAAAUUUGUGGUCACUGGGCAUAGCUUAGGUGGAGCCCUUGCUACAUUGUUCCCAAUGGCGCUUUUGCUACAUGAGGAGACUGAGGUACUGCAAAGAUUGUUGGGUUUAUAUACAUUUGGACAACCAAGGGUUGGGAAUCAGCAGCUGGUGAGUUUCAUGGAAGCUCAUUUGGAGACUCCAACACCAAAGUACUUCAGGGUGGUUUACUGCAAUGAUUGGGUGCCCAGGUUACCAAAUGAUGAUAAAACUUUCUCGUAUAAGCAUUUUGGUGUGUGCCUGUACUAUGACAGCUUCUAUGUUGAACAUAAAAUGGAUGAAGUGCCAAACAAAAUUUUCUUCGGGUUAAGGUACCUCAUUCCAGAGUAUCUAAAUGCGGUUUGGGAGUUAAUCCGAAGCUUAACAAUGGGUUACACCCAUGGACAAGAGUAUAAGGAGGGUUGGUUUUCCAUCUUGCUCAGGAUACUGGGACUGGUGCUUCCUGGCAUUUCUGCACAUUGCCCCAUAAAUUAUGUCAACUCUGUGAGGCUUGGAAAGGAGCGUGUUGUUCAGAUGUCAUCUUUCUAGAGAGCUGCUUUUGCUAAUGAUGGGUGAUUGCACUUGGUAACUCAUGGAAUCAAGAGGUCACUGGAAAUGCUUUCAUCAGUGGGCAAAAUAAUAAGGUAGCAUUGCAUUCUUUUUUUUUUUUUUUUUUAAAUUAUUAUGCUCUAUAAUGAAUGUCUUUGACUCUAUUUUUCUGUUCAAAAUCUUCUUUUUCAAUAACAGGAUUAUAAAACCUUCA